AAUUAAAAAAAGUAUUCAAAUGCAAAAUUCUAAUAUAUUACUCUGAAAUAAUUUCCUAUUAAUUUUUCCCUGUUCUUAUCGCUAGGUCGAAUCGUUUUAAAACUUCCUUUUCUGUAAUGAGGGUGUGGUCCAAACGUAAAUCUCGUCUUCUAUCUUACUCAUUACCAUAUUUUUUGAUGAUUAUAGAUUUUGUAAGCAUGACUAUGACGCCUGUUGGAGUCGUUAGAGGUUACUUUUGAGCUAGCCUUAAAGAGACGCUAUCACUAGAAUAAAAGAUAAUGAAAGAGUCCAAAGCCUCUACUGGUGUAUCUAAGAUUGCCAGCAAAGAAAAGAAAAAUGCCAAAGAUAAAGAAAAUACUAAACAUUCACAGAAAACAUCUGUUGAUGAACAUUUAAAAUGUGACAAAGAUGAUGAUGAAAUGGAUCUAAAUAAGGAACUUUAUUCUAUUGGUCAUUAUAUUAAUAAUAAAGAAGAAUUGGUAAACCAGUUAUUUAGUGUUAUCAAAAGCAAUGAUUUAAAAGCACUUUUGCCACCAUGUUUAAAGAAUUAUUCUGUGUCUGAAUUAAAGCAUUUAUGUCUACAUCACCUUCAAUUGAUGUCACAAAAAAGAAUAUUAAAUAUUUUACAAGGGACAAGUAUAUUUUCAUCAUCAGAAGCAGAAGAAGAAAAACUGAUUCAAACAAUACCUCAAUCUGCAUCAAGUACCACUUCACAUUGUGAUCAGACAGAAACUACUAGAGGGAUAAAAAGGUUAGCAUCUCAUUUUGAAGACAAGCAGCAAGCAGAUUCUACUUCUAUUGAUUUACCAGAAAUUCCCACAAAAAAAAAGAAUUUGUCGACCACAAAUGAGUUACCUGCUGCAAACGAUGUAAUAGAAGUAGAUACUGCAGGUGAAGGUCUGGAUUUAUGUCCCAAUGAAGAAGAAAUUAAUAGCUUGAUGAAAGAAUCAUAUGUAGACAAAAAACCAGAGCUUCAAGAAAAAAGUAUUCAAGAUAGUUCAGAUGGUCAAGUGCAUAUUUCAAGCACAACAGUAACAGUGGAAAUGGGAGAAAAGGAAUGGUUGAAUGCUUUCACUAAGACUCAACUGGAAAUUUUAGAAUUAGAGAUGCGUGCCAGGGCUAUUAGAUCUUUGAUGAAAGCGCAGGGACUACAUACUUCCGAAGAUGAUGAAUCUCUUCACAAAAUUGAUAAGAAAAAGGAUUCCACAUUCUCAUGAUCAUUCUUCCUUUGAAAAUCAUUAUAUUUGAAUGCGUGUAAAAUUUUGUUUAAUAACUGAAUUUUGAUCAGAAUCAUUAAAUAAUUAUCUUUACUAUCCAACAAAAGUCUUGUUUAUCUUAU